AUGUUGGGGGAACUGAUGCUUGUUUUUAGGAAUUUCCUUGCCAUACUUGCUUCCUCGGGCACCCUGGGAGCAUUGGUGGCUUGGUUGAUAAGCUAUAAGCCAAUUUUGUUUGGGUUCCUAUUCCUUCUACUAUUGCUUAGCAACUGGCUGGUCAAGUAUGAACUCAAGCCCACCUCCUCAGAGAACUGUCAGGAGGAGGCCAUAAAUUCAAAGACUCCAGAAGCCCACCCCAACAACAAUAACCUGAACACAAAACAAGUGGAGAGGCUGCAGGCCUGCUUUGCGCUCCAGGACAAGAUCCUUGAACGGCUUUUGUUCAGUGAACUAAAGCUGAAGGUCUUGGAAAAUCAGAUGUUCAUCAUAUGGAAUAAAUUGAAUCACCCUAAGCGAUCAAGCAGACAUCGAAAUUUCCCCACGAAGAAAGACAAAACGAGGAGGCAUGAGUCCACGUUUUCCAUCCUCUCUGAUUGUACUUCCAAUUCCCCCACCUAA